AUGGGCGCCGAUCAAGCCGAAUCGACGCGCGCGACAGGCCCCUCUGUUCAAGGGUUCUGCGAAGGCGGAGCGGCGUGCGUUCAUGCGCGAGUACCAGAAGUACUUGGCGAAAUCUAUGCGCUGCAAUGCGUUGGUUCUCGCCCGUUCGCGAUGCCCGUCAAUGCUUGCAUGAGCCCUUUUUCCAAGCGUCGUAUUGCUUUGUUCGACAUGAACAAGGACCACAACGAUGUCACGGUAGUGGAAUGGGUGGACUGGUUCCACACGGCAUUCGAUCAAGAUCCGCAAGACUUGGACGUCCUGAAGAGGUGGCUCUCAAAUGCCAUACGUUUCGACACGAAGGUCCUCGACGCGGAGUCGCGUGUCGGCCGUAUGCUUGACGACCUUAUGCGAGUGCUCGAACAAGACAACCAAGAAUGGGUCCUUCAUCAAGAAGGAAAAAUUGUUGUCGGGAUUAUGACCAAGGCGAUCAAGCCUGAGACGCUGAAGACCGCUGUGCAGAAGCAGCUGCAACUGCAGAGGAACAAGGGCCUCAAGAGUGACCUCUACGUCGGUCUCGACGAAGUGAUGGCACCUGCGCCACAAGCCGGCGCCUCCAAGACGGACAGUUUGAAGAGCGGCCUUGACAAGCCCGACGGCGCCGACAAGAGCCAUGGAAGGCCUGACGGUCCCGAAAAAGGCCGGGGUAGAUCCGACGGCAACGGAAGAGCCGAUGGCAGAGUGUCAGGGGUCGAGAAGCCAGCCGUUACCGGCGUAAAAGAAGAUUACAAGCCAAAGAAGAAGCUUGGCAGUCUGAAGUGUCGCGACAAGAGUCACUACGUGGCAGAUUGCCCUGCGGCAACGCCUGGCGAGGCGGACCGCUUAUUGGAUGCGCAGCUGAAGAAGUGGCGCGAUGGCGUGACAGUCCUAAGCAGCCACCCCAAUCGUCAUCCGACCGAGCGCGGUGCAUUGGUCGAAGGACUCGUUCGAGUCGAGAACGUCCUCCUCGACACAGGCGCAGACGUCAAAGUCGUUUCACGUGGGGGUCAUGGAUGCGUUAGUAGAGAAGAAUGCCACGGUUGCGGUUCAAGUGCACGACCAACCACGUCUGGUUUACCCUUAUGGCGUCGAAAUGUCAAGUUUAGCAUGGUGACGUUGGACACGACGUGUGGUCCGCUCACGCAACGCGACCUACAAGCGUGGAUUGACGAGACAUCGACUGCGAUAGACUUUAUCGUGAGUCGUCCUGUUAUGGAGGUCUUGGGAUUUUCUAUUGACGACCUACCCGACGGCGCUCGAGGGCAGCAGGCCGAGUGGGACGUUUCCCCUGGCAGCGACGGACCAGUGACCAGCAUGUCACGCGUGUAG